AUGAUGACAGAUUCGAGAGGCAUGGCAUCUCUGAGUGUUGCCUCCGUUUCUCCCAUUUGCUCAGGCGUUUACCGAGAGAUGAUUCAAGGGAUUCCAGAGCUCAGAAUUUCUUCGAAAUUCUCAUUGUGGAUCAUCAUUUUCCCGUCUCUGAAAUUCAUCUACGACGGCGGAAGAAACGGUGGGGAUUCGUCGGGUGUUGACCGCUCAACAGAUUCAGAGUUGUUUUGA